CCGGCACCGGUCGGCCCGUCCGUCAGAUCUCGCCUCGGACCAAACCCUAGCCACUCUCCCCCUUGCUUGCUUGCACUCGCUUCACUCUCCCAAAUCCACCUCCUCUCCCCCACCGCUGGCCAAUGGCCCCCUCCCCCACGCCGCCGGCAGCCGCCACCCCCCAGGACGCCGAGCCCCCGGAAGUCCAAUCCCCGGACGCCGACACCCCACCGCCUGCCCCGCACACCGACGCCGACGCCGACGCCGCACCGCUGCCGGACGCCGAGGCCCCGAAACCCGACUCCCCUGCCGCGCCCCAGCCGCACCUCCCGGAGGGCAUCCUGGAGGACAUAUUCCUGCGCCUGCCGACGGCGGGGGACGUGGCGCGGGCCUCGGCCGCCUGCUCCGCCUUCCGGGCCAUCACGUCGGGGCAGCCCUUCCGGCGCCGCUUCCGCGCGCUCCACAGGGCCCCGCUCCUCGGCUUCCUCCGGGAGGACUUCUACCCGGCGCGGGCCCCGCACCCGUCCGCCCCGGCGGCCCGCGCCCUCGCGGGCGCCGCCGACUUCGCCUUCUCCUUCCUCCCCGGCGACGCCGACUGCUGGAGCCCCCGCGACGCGCGCGACGGCCGCGUGCUCUUCUCCGCCGUCCCCGCCUCCCACGGCCGCGGCAGCUUCGCCGACGCCACGUCCACCACCUUCGUCGACCUCGUCGUCGCCGACCCGCUCUCCCGCCGCUGCGCCCGCGUCCCGCCCGUCCCCGACGGCCUCGCGUCCCCCGUCCUCCGCUGCGGCAUGCUCGACUUCGAGCCCUUCCUCGCGCCCGCCACCGCCGAGGACCUGCGGGACGAGGACGCCCCCUUCAGGGUCAUCGGCAAGGUGCUGUGCGAGGACAGGGUCGCCGUCUUCGCCUUCUCCUCCCGCACCGGCGAGUGGCGCAGCCACGGCUCCAGCGACCUGUCCAACGACUUUGCGCUGGACGCGCUCUACGAGCGGCGACACUACGUGCAGGGCUGCUUCUGCUGGCUGCUCGAGUGGAUGGAGAAGCUGCUCAUGCUCGACGCCGGCACCAUGGAGUUCUCCAUCCUCGACCUCCCGCCCGGCAACGACGAGAGGCGGUUCGCCAUUCUGGAGGCGGGGCAGGGCAGGAUUGGGCUGCUCAAUAUUGGGCGCAACACCUUGGACCUCUACUAUAAGGCUUGGCCAAGCAAACGCGGUGGCGCCCAAGCGUGGCAACACGAGACAAAAGACCACCCUCUGCCUGACUAUCACUGGCGCAUCAUAGGUUCUGAUGAGGAGUACUUGCUCCUAAGAGGGAUCUCGCUUGAUUGGCCCUGGUUUGGGAGCGCUUCAUCGGAGAGUCCGGAUAUAGAGUAUUUUGCACUGGAGCUCAAGGCGUUGCGGCUCGAGAGGAUGUAUGUGUCCAAGCACAAAAUGCUGCAUGCUCACCUGUAUAGGGGCUACCCGCCGCAGAUCUCGGCACCAACUCUAUGAACUGGGCACAGUGGUCUCAGGUUUGGAAUUGAGUGGUGGCGUGAUGUGUAUAUUGCAGCUGGAGAUGGCGAACGAGUUGGUAUGGUUCUCUGACGGCAAGAAGCAUGUCAGUGGAGGGCGGAAGUUUGCCGGUAGUGGCUGAUGGUGGAAGGCAGGAUGGCCGUGGCGAAGGGAUGCCCAACCUUAUGUGCCAGUUAAUUCUUGAGCUGCGUCUUGGCCCACAGUUUGUCUACGUCGACUUACCUUGGCUGUGUUUGCUGGCUUAGGUCAUUCUGAAUUCUUGCCAUCCCAAAGCAUGUUUUGGAGAGUACGCUUUGGCGCCGAAGUUUGUAGUAAUUUUCAGGAUACUUUAGUACUCCUUGUGUAUCAUAAUACCUGUAGUUGGGGAUACUUGUAUUAGUGUUUCCCAACAACAAGUAUUUAGUAGGUACAAAGGGAGUACAUUGCAAGGCUUUUUCUGCAUGAUAGAUCCAACUGAUAAAUGUGGCAACCCAGGUUUUUUCAUCACUGCUGCUAGCAUUUGAGAUCAGCGCAGCUGAUGGGCUAGCAUUGAGAGUGUUUAUGUCUGGCGGCUCUGGUUUCUUUCUGACCUGAUGCAGUGGAGGCCAUUUGAUUUAUGUAUGCAUGUACGUACUAUGUGGCCUGAAUGGCCUUGUUGUAUCUUGGUGUGUUAUUGGAUUUGGUUGCCCCAUGUGAAUAUUAUACGUACAGGAGGACCAUUUGAUUCAA